CACGUAAUUCUCUUUCACACCCGUCUUCGACAUAGCCUCGACUACAAGAGCUUUUCCUUCAUGGAUCCCAAAACUAUUUGGAUAUGUUCACCCGACUUGUUCCUAUUGGAGCGAUGGGACGAAAAUUCACCACUCUCUCUAGACGCCCAACGGGAAAAGCUUUUUACCGAGUAUGUGAGCCUCGGAAUUAGGGGUCGCAAGCCCUACCAAGACCAGAAGAAACAGCGGGGCAUCUCCAAAGCCUCAGACCUGACUCCCCAAGAACAAGACCUCUUGAGUCGCGUGCGCCAUUUUCCUACUGAGAGGCAAACCCCAGCAGAGAGGCUGUGGCUACGCACAUGUUAUCAGCCAUCAUCGGAUGCCGCUUUCUCUCGCAUCGAAACUCAUCUAGAGCUGAAGGGCGGGAUUGAACCGAUUUUGAAUGAUGCAUCUUUGUACAACUUCGGGCCCGAUUGGCAGAAAAUCUUCAUUCUCAUGCCGCAACUCUUGGAAAGUGGACCUGCCGAGGAGUACGAGCAGCGCGUGAAAGAAGCUCUUGAUUCUGGAAUCGAGGCCGAGGCUGAAGAUGCGGAACUGGCAGAGGAAGAUGGCUACGAUCCGGACGAGGACGGGCUACCAUGGCCCUGCUUUUACGGACAAUACCAUAUGGCUCUGAUUAUUGGCCGCAUCUACAUUAUCGAUGCUAAGACGCUUGCCUCCGAGGGCCGGAAUGCAGGUAAAGUGCUGGCUGUGUGGUAUGAUGAAUGCGGGCGGGUGAUUCGCUCAUAUCGCCAGACAGCGGACAAUGCAGCUGACUAUCAUUAUUUGGACGAUUGCUACUUAACUGAACAUGCGUGUUGGGCGAAUGCCACGAUAGGCAAGGAGUAUCAAUGGGGGGCCUCAUUGGGUCCGCCCUAUGGUGAGGACAGUAGCGAGGAGGAUGAGAAAGAUGGAGAGGAAUCCAAGGAAUAGACGGUCGGAGGGUCUUUUCUCGGGGAAUUCGUUGUUAUCGGAAUCAUCACAAGAGCUUUUCUCAACAAAUUUAUCGAGUUAAUGUAAAAGAUUUUGAAGAUAGAGC